AUGGCUUGUGGACUAGUUGUUGUGGCAGCAUUGGUACUAGCAGCACAUACAUUUGCAGCAAUAGUCAUGGGACCGGCGAUUUUAACCCUACCUUUAAAGCCAUUUAAGAAAAAUAUUAUGAGUUUUCGAUUCUUGAAAUGUGGAUUUUUAAGAAAAGUUGGAGAUCAACUUGACAUUGCAACGAAAGGUACUUAUAUUUUGAAUAGAGAUUUUGACAUGAUUUCUAGGCUUGUGGAUAGACUCCAUGAUGAAAUUGAUCAUAAUAAGGAAAUGAUUCAAUUGUGUUUAGAUAAAAGGGAAGAUAGAUUUUCAUUGGAAGUGUUGAAGGAGUUGAAGAAGAGUAAUAUUGGAUUCAAGAAACAAGUGGAGGAACUUGAAGAACAUGUUUAUUUAUGUCUUUUAACGAUUAAUCGUGCAAGAGCUUUGGUAAUUAAGGAAAUUGCAAAAUCACGUGGGGAUAAAAGUCAAGGUAGUAGCCAGUAA